UUCGAAGCAGCGUGAUAUCUGUCAUAAAAGAUCUUUCGAAAACGUUCAUCUCAUCAACCACGUUCAGGAGUGUGGUACGCUAGUUCAGCCAAAUUAGGAAAAACAAAAACACUUCUUCUUACUUGGUGAGAAAAAUAUCCUCGCCUAUCACAUGCUUCAAUCACCCCCACGAAUAUUUAGCAUUUUCGUUGCCCCUUUUUUUUUCUCUUAAAUAUCUUUUAAUAAUAAUUUUGCCGAGACAGCUUGAGGCUUAGGUCAUUGAAUAUCAACCAUAUUUCCCGUAUAUAAAGAACCGUUGCUCAUUCUUAGUGGCCACAGUUCACACUUUCUUUCUUUCUUAUUGAGUUUUUGGGCUUCUCACUUCUCUCUUUCUAUCUUUCUUUCAGACAAAGCCAAAUAGGAACACGCUCUCAAACGCAGUGAUUGAUUUUUGGUAACAGAGUUCAAUUGAAAUUUGAAACAUGGAUUGGGUUCGAGGAGACGCCCUCGGGCGAGGAAGCUUCGCUACCGUUAGUUUAGCGAUUCCGACUACAAAUCCGAAUCAGUUUCCGUCUCUAACCGCCGUUAAGUCCGCGGAGGCUCAAACCUCGUGCUGGCUAAGAAACGAGAAACACGUGCUGGAUCGCCUAGGUUCGUCGUCUCCGAGGAUAAUUCGCUGCUUCGGAGACGACUGCAGUUUCGAGAACGGCGUUGAGUACUACAAUCUGUUCCUCGAAUACGCCGCCGGCGGGAGCCUUGCCGAUGAAUUGAAGAAUCACGAUGGCCAGAUUUCCGAGCAUGAGGCUCGGGAAUACACGAGGGCCAUCGUGGAGGGUCUGAGCCACGUGCACAAAAGCGGGUUUGUUCACUGCGACAUAAAGCUGCAGAACAUCCUCGUAUUCGGGGACGGAGGUAUCAAAAUUGCGGAUUUCGGGCUUGCGAGGGAGGCAGGGCAGAAACAGGAGAAGAGUGAAUGCAGGGGGACUCCGAUGUUUAUGUCGCCGGAGCAAGCGACCGGCGGCGAGUGCGAAUCGCCGGCCGAUAUAUGGGCUUUGGGAUGUACAAUUGUGGAGAUGGUGACCGGGAAACCGGCGUGGCAGGUGGAGAAGGGGGCGAGCAUGUGGUCGCUGUUGCUUCGAAUUGGGGUGGGAGAAGAGGUUCCCGAGAUCCCUAAUAAUUUGUCCGAAGAUGGAAAAGAUUUUAUUGAAAAAUGUUUUAUUAAGGAUCCUAAGAAGAGGUGGAGCGCAGAAAUGCUAUUGAAACACCCUUUUCUUAUUAAUGAUGGCACUGUUCCAUUUAAGCGCGUUCAUGAGUCGCCGAGAAGCCACUUUGAUUUCCCCGAUUGGGUUUCUAGCGUGACGAAUUCGCUUCCCAGUUCGCCGGAAUUUCAAGACAAGUGGGAUUUUGAUGACGGGUUCUGUUCGCCGGAGGACCGGCUCCGGCAGCUUUUGACGGUUAAUCGGCCGGCGAGUUGGUCAGAAUCGGAUGGGUGGAGUAGUGUUAGGUGAAAUUGGGGGUUUCCAAGAUUGUUCAUCACAAUCGUUAAAAUUUUGAUUAUAUUCAGAUUCGUUGAUUUUUAAUUUUUGUAAAUUGGGUAGAUAUACAUACAUACAUAUUCAUGAUUUGUGAACUGACUUUGAUGGAAGAGUUUUAACUUGCGCCGGUUGUGGCGCGUUGUACAGAGGCUGAUUCUAUAGUAUAAAUAUCAUGGUUUUGCUUUUA